AUGCCACCCAAGAAAGCCAAAAAGUCUUCUGUCUUGGAUAAAAUUGUGGAUGCCAUCCGCGCUUCACCGCCCACACAAUCCGGAGCAGUUUCCCGAGUGUCCAUCACCAAAUACCUAAAGUCGGAAUUCGAGUACGAGAAUGCUUCUCAAAUCAAAUUGGCACUCAAAAAGGGCGUCUCAAAUGGCACAUUGACUCAAAAGGGACAAUCCUUUGUCGUUGCCAAAGAUCCUCCAAAGGCAAUGCCUUCGGAGGGAGAGCCAUUGCAGAUUGAAGAUGUUCAAGAAGGAACUGGAGAUGAAAAAGCGGAAGUAGGUGACACUGUGAAUGUGGAAUACGUUGGAAGAUUGGAAGACAAGACGAUGUUUGAUUCGGCCAAGAGUUUUGAGUUUCUAUUGGGAGCUGGUGAUGUAAUCAAAGGUUGGGAUCAAGGUCUGAUAGGAAUGUCCAUCCAAGGCAAACGAAAAUUAGUGGUGCCGAGCCGUUUGGGAUAUGGGAAAAGAGGAUCUUCUCCCGACAUUCCUCCCAAUGCAACAUUGUACUUUGACAUUACAAUGAAAAAGAUUACCAAAGGCUAA